AUGAUUGAUGCUUCUUAGUGUUCUAGAAACGACAUCCAGGUGAAUGAUUAUGAUGGUUAGGAAUUGAAUAGAAUACAAAACCCCAACGAUUCUCAAAAGACAAACAUUUCGCUUUCUGAGAAAAAUCAAGAGAGAAUCGAGACUCCAAGUUUUUUUUAUAGAAACAAGUAAGUAGAGUAAGAGAAGCAAUCCAUCAAAUUUCAGAUUGAUCAAAUGAUUAAUCAUCUCAAUUAGAUGAAAACGAUGUGUGAAAGGAAAAUCGAAAAAAGUUUUCAGCUCUCAAAAUCAUUAUAACGAAACAUGGUUUAUCUAACCAAGUUCACUUUCAUGCGCAUCCAAGAGCUAAUCACUCAAUUGAAUUCUUUCAAAACGCAAUCAUUUCCAAAUAAUCUAUUAGAACUUUACGACUUGUUUGAAUUGAAAAUGGGGCAGUUCUAUCAACAAUACUCAAAUCUGUAUUUUGAUAUCAAGAUGUUUAUUGAAAGAAGCAAAUUCUACCUAAACGAAGAUAACGAAAGAGACAUUAAACUCAUAUCGCAGAUUAUUAAUAAUUGA